AUGACCGGUGACAAAUGGUUCGCGACUCGCAAUAGUUCACCAAUGAAUGAUCUACUCGAUUAUUCGGUGGGAGAACAAUCUUUGGCUAAUCUAAUUUUGGAUUUAAUGUCAUAUGUCAUCGAAAAAAAAUCGAAACAGUUCAAACAGACAUCCAAACAAGAAGAUUAUUGGAGGUUACAAGGUUUACAAGGUGCGAAACUCGUCGUACUUAAACAUUCAAGGAGUGACCACGUAAAGCAUCAUCGUCUCAUCAACUGCACGUUAGUAAAGAAGACUAAAAUGUUUCUUAAAUCAUUUUAA